ACAAAGUGAGGAAGAUUCAAGUCAGAGAAAUGACAGUUCUCUCUGGGAAAAACCUGACUCAGAAAGUACAAGGCCUCAAGGUCAGUUAGAGAAGCCAGAAACUGCAACAUUAGAUAAGGAGUCACAGGGAGAGCUAAAUGAUACAGAAAGCUCCUAGGGAAAGACACCUGGAGAUAUGGAGAUCAACAAAAGUCUUCGUUUACAGAUUAGAGCAGAAAAUAGGCAACGCCUGUCAGAGCGCUUACGUAGGAAAGUUGAGAAAUUUCAUGGGAAAAGAAAUAAUUUCAUGGGCUCUUAUUAAUUGGCAAGUGGUUUACCUAAGAGUUAGUUCAGACAACGUAGCAUCCAAGUGAGAAGCUAGGCCUGAGUUCUCUGGUUCUUGUUUCAAGUUAAGCCUUGGUUUUGGAUUGAAGUAUCUUGGAAGUUUUCUGUGUUCUUGUUUUUGUAUUCUUGCUCAAGUUCUUGCUAAGUAUAUCCUUGCUUGUGGAUUUAUGCUGUACCUGUGACUUUCUGGCUAUUCUUGGACUAAAUUGCCUUGGGAUUUGCAUGAGACGCAUUAAUUACUGUCUGGUUAUCACCUAUUGCUGACCCUUUUUUGAAUUAUACACCUUCAUUUCUUAUUCCUGACUUUUCAUAUAUUUUUGUGUGUUCUUCAAUAAAUUGUUUGCUUAUAUGCUGAACUCUUGUGUGGUGCUGUGGUCAUAGGGGUUUCCAGGCCUGGGGUGCAACAGGAAACUGCUUCCUUUUGGGAGAAGGCCAAGGCAGAGAAAUUCUGCCUUUUCUCUGUCUCCUAUUUGAAUUUCAUUAUUUUCUCCCUGCAGUGGCUUUAAAUUCUUUUUUCAGCUCUUUAGCAAGUUUGAGCCCAUUCUGUGCUUUAGGUUUUCUGACAUUCUCCCUACACAUGCUGGGCACUCAUUUGAAUUCGUCUUUGAUGAUUUCCACUUUUUUCUAUUUCUUGUGCAUGCCCCUUUUAAAUCCUAGUUCAGUUUAAAGAGAGGGUCCUUUAAAAUUCUCAGUCAGAAAAGUCCUGGGCUUGCCUAACCUACAAACCCCAGAAUUCUGCAGGAGGCAGUAACUGGAUUUAAAGUGGAUAGAUACUUGGUGUGAUGAAGUCCUAGCUCACCGAAAGGACACCGAUUGGAUUUCCAUGGCCAAGUGGGGAAUUGAACCCAGAACUAUAGUCCAGCACUCAAACUGUUACAGCACACUUGCUCUCUAAGGCAGCUGCAUCAGAAACUGGAUUAUAUGGCAGUGUAGAUGGAGCCUAAGGAGGCCCAACAUCAAAUCCACCUUUAAAUAAAAGGACCACUUGUCUCUGUAGUACGUAGCUCUCAGUCUCAGCCUAAUAUGAACAAGUCUGUGUGACAUGAAAAAGAGGGAGAAGAGACAAUUUUAAGAUUCAAAGUACAAACACUGGAUAAAAAGUUAUAGCCAAUGGUUUUCAACCUGUGGGUCCCCAGAUGUUUUGGCCCUCAACUCCCAAAAAUCCUAAUAGCUGGUAAACUGGCUAGGAUUUCUGGGACUUGUAGGCUAAAACACCUGAGGACCCGCAGGUCGAGAACCACUGAACUGGGCAAUCUCCAAUGCAUGCAGUGAAAGAGAUUUUUUUGUGUAGCUGCUGUUGCACCCAAUCUUUUAAAUGUGCAAAUUGCACUGCCAUCUCUAUAAGGGCAAAUUCAUAUAGGCAACUUUUCUCAACUAUUUUUUUCUUCAAUGAAACAAACCUACAGUCAAAUAUUCAAUCAAAGACAGAAAUAUACCAGACAGCCAAUUCUCUCACACCAGAAGCGACUUGCAGUUUCCCAAGUUGCUGCUGACACGUGAAAAAAGCCCUACUAAACUCAACCUACACAGAACAAUGAAAACUAAUUUAUGAGUCUCACACUUUCUGGCUGUUGGUUUUUAUUUCUUAAUUUACUGUUCCCUUGAAAGAUCCCUAACCACUCCUAUACUUCCAAUAACCCACUUCUAUGUCAGAAAACAAUAAUAGAAUUUUGUCCACAUCUUCGGAGGAAAAAGGUGAUAACUACCGUCGCACAUCCCAAUCUUCCUCGAAAUUGGUCAAGAACUUCUCCUUGAUUAACUUAGUCAGUACUUUUGAGGCAAGUGUUUCUGUUUUGAGAGGAGGAACAGACUUCAUUGAGGCUAAAGAGGUCAUGGUUGAAACUACAUCUACUACUUCUGUUAUAUAGUAGUCAUAUUCAAAUGUUGCUGCUAAUGCUGCUGAUGAUGGUGAUGAUCAUUAUGGUGGUGUUUAUUUUAAAUCCUACAUUUUUAGGGAUUUAAUCUGACUUGCAAAAGAAUUAGAAUACACACACACACACACACACACACACAACCAGUAUAAACACAAUUGCUAAAAGCUACAGCCCUAUGAGCAUUCACUUCCUUGUUGGAAAGAGGGUUCCAGAGCCUAAGAGCAGCCGUAGAAAAGGCUCUUUCCUGCAUUCCCAUAAAACAGACCUAUGAAUAUGGUAGGAUGGAGAGCAGAGAAAAAUAAAGGACAUAGCAAUCAUGGGCCCAGUAUCUUUGGCUACCCACUCAGCAUCUUCUUCAUCGUCAUCAAUGAAUUCUGUGAAAGAUUCUCCUAUUAUGGAAUGCGAGCUGUGCUUGUCAUCUACUUCAAGUUUUUUCUCAGUUGGGAUGACAAUCUGUCAACAGCCAUUUACCAUACAUUUGUAGCUCUGUGCUAUCUAACCCCGAUCCUAGGAGCACUGGUGGCUGACUCCUGGCUGGGAAAGUUCAAGACCAUUAUUUCCUUGUCCAUCGUGUACACAGUUGGGCAAGCAGUUUUGUCAAUAGGUUCCAUAAAUGAUUUGAUGGAUGGAGACCGGGAUGGUACACCUGAUAACCUACAAAUUCCCGUAGCUCUCUCUAUGAUUGGUUUGGUCCUGAUUGCUUUUGGAACUGGUGGAAUCAAGCCAUGCGUCGCAGCUUUUGGUGGAGAUCAGUUUGAGGAACAUCAGGAAAAACAAAGAAGCAGGUUCUUUUCUAUUUUUUACUUGUCCAUUAAUGCUGGAAGCCUCCUCUCUACUAUAAUCACCCCAAUGCUGAGAGGGGUGGAAUGUGGAAUUCACGUGAAACAAAAAUGUUAUCCUCUGGCAUUUGGAGUCCCUGCUAUCCUAAUGGCUAUUGCACUACUUGUAUUCGUAGUAGGAAGCAGAAUGUACAAGAAGGUUGAACCUCAGGGCAACAUUAUGGUCCAAGUUGCUAGCUGCAUUACGUUUGCUAUUGGAAACAGAUUUAGGCAUCGCAGCAAACAAUUUCCUAAAAGGGAACAUUGGUUGGACUGGGCUCGUGAGAAGUAUGAUAAACGACUUAUUCUCCAGACUAAGAUGGUUUUGAAAGUUUUGUUCCUGUAUAUUCCUCUCCCUAUGUUUUGGGCACUUUUUGAUCAGCAGGGAUCCCGAUGGACACUGCAAGCCACAACAAUGGAUGGAGAUUUUGGUCUUGUCCAAAUUCAACCAGACCAAAUGCAGACUGUGAAUCCAAUUCUUAUUGUUAUAAUGGUCCCAAUUGUGGAUGCCGUGGUUUACCCUCUGAUUCAGAAAUGCCACAUAAAUUUCACGCCUCUGAGGAAGAUGACAGUGGGCAUGUUGCUGGCAGCUCUGGCUUUUGUGGUUGCAGCUGUAGUACAAGUACAAAUAGAUAGAACUCUUCCAAUCUUUCCUGAAGCAGGCACUUCCCAAGUCAGAGUAAUAAAUCUUGGAAAUGAUAAAGUAACUGCUAAUUUUUAUCCUGAUGGGAGGAGUGUUGAUCUGUCUUCUUUGACCUGGACAGAAUACUUGAACUUCGAAACAGCAAAGUUAAAUAGUACUAACAAUGUUGUUAUAACCAAUGGAAGUGAAACUCUAAACAAAGCAUAUCCUUUUGAUGGAAAAGAACGACAUACUCUUAUAAUAACCAACAGAGGUCGACUCCAAUCUCAACUGCUUUUCGAUGGCAUCACAGAAAAACCAGAACAAGGAGACAAUAAGAUCAGAUUCAUAAACAACUUGGAUGUACCUAUCAAUAUCUCUAUGGGUGGUACUGAUUUUCCGUAUGUGUCAUUUUUUUCUGCCACAAACUACACAAAUUUUCAAAGAGGAAAAAAAAGUAUUACUAUCCACACAGAUAGCUACAACUGCACAACUAGAUCUUUGCCAUUUGGAUAUGGCAGCGCUUAUACUAUUAUAGUAGAGGGGUGUGAGGGCAAUGAGCUAAAACUCAGAUAUGUUGAAGAUAUUCAAGCCAACACAGUCAGUAUGGCUUGGCAAAUCCCCCAGUAUUUCCUAAUGACUUGUGGCGAAGUUGUCUUCUCAGUGACCGGGCUAUCGUUUUCAUACUCACAGGCACCUGCGAACAUGAAGUCUGUGUUGCAAGCUGGUUGGCUAUUGACUGUGGCCGUUGGCAAUAUUAUUGUCCUUAUUAUAGCAGGAGCAUCAAAACUAGAGGAGCAGUGGACAGAAUAUGUUUUAUUUGCCGCUUUGCUUCUCGUAGUUACUGUCAUUUUUGCCAUCAUGGCAUAUUUUUACACCUAUGUGGACCCAGCUGAGGUCGAAGCACAACUUGUAGAGGAGGAAAACAGGAAGCGUGAAAAGGGUCUACCUUUGCCAGAAUAUGGAUCCACUGCACAGACUAAGAUGUGAACACACAUAGGAGGCUGAAUGUGAGAGUGUGGGCUGCUAACCCAAGAACUGUGUGUCUCUAGCGUGAGACCUGUGCGUGCCACACUGCUAUUGGAUAAGCUGAGCAGAGAGGCAUUCAGCGCGUCAGAAGAAGCCUCACAUCCUUCUUGGGCCAAAGAUCAGGAAAUUUGUUCUGUGAAGAAAAUGAAGAAAACCCCGGUUUGUCCUCAGACUUUGCACUUUAAAAAGGAGAGGGGGGUUAAAUCCAACUGCACCUGCCACAAUGAAAAGAUAUUCAAAGUAUUAUUUUUAUACAGGACGGCUUUAAUUUUAUAUUGUAGUCAAAGGAAAGUACUCCCUGAUCUAUGCACUUGUUUUCCAAGCAGAGUACUGGGGGCUUAAAGGGUUUUUAAUGUUGUCAUGCAAAUAAUGAACGUAUUUUUCCAAAAAAAACAUGCACCUGAGCCAGCUGAAUGUUUACAACCCUUGUGUUGCACAAUAAAUAAACCUCUUCCUUCACUUUCUUCUGGAGGAUUCUGCCAAAACUAAAUUAUUGGGACAACAGUGGUAGAAAUGAACAAAGAGGAAUUUAAAAAAGUGAAAUAAAUCUUUGAUUGUAACA